CGUUCCUGAAUUCUUAGGAUUCCAACACAUAAGUAGGGAAGAUGUGACUGAGCACCAUACAAGACCCCUGGCCAAAGAGCUCUUCGCAGAAACAACACAGAAUCCUGCAAUACUAGUUCUUGACGGUACCUACAUAUAUGUCCAAAAAAGCAAGAACUUUUCCUUCUCCCGAAGAUCCUUUAGCCUCCAUAAGCACAGACCACUAGUAAAGCUGAUGUUAGUUGUGACGACCACUGGGUACAUUGUCUCUGUGCUUGGGCCGUAUCUCGCAGAUACUAAAAACAGUGAUGCCAACAUCUUAAACCACAUCAUCAAGACCAACGCAGAGAGAAUGAAAGAGUGGACCCAGGAAGGGGAUAUCUUUGUGGUGGAUCGGGGUUUCCGAGACUCUGGAGAUGUUCUUCAUGACCUUGGGAUCAAUAUGGAGAUGCCAACUUUCCCGCCACGUGGUGCCGCUCAGUUACAAACCGAGGAUGCUAACUGCUCUCGACUUGUUACAAAGAUCAGAUGGGUGGUGGAAUCCGCUAACAGUAGAAUCAAAUCAUGGCGGCUGCUAGAUAAGACCCUUCCAAACACACAGAUUCCAAGUAUUGGGGAUUAUGCGCAGAUCAUUUGCGCCAUUUGCAACAAAUUCAGGCCUCCUCUAAGUAGUGGAACUUAUGAAAAAGACAUUGAAAUAGCUGCUAAAAUGCAACUCUUGGCAAGGUCGUCCAAUGAACUUCAAACGUUCGUUAAUGACACUGGAUUAGAUCGAAGAUCCUACAGAUGGACCCCCAUCGAUGCCACGGAGGCGUGUCAGUCAUUCCCGAAAUUGACUGAGGAUGAAAUCAGGGAGUUAACACUUGGUGUUUACCAAGUCAAACUAGCCCGCUCCUACACUCAGGAACAUUGCAGCUCUGAUGGCACAUACGAAAUUUUAGUAAGUGGUGAAGUGCCAAACAUAGUCUCGGCAAAAAUACAGAGUCGACAUGUUUCAGCCAAACGCUACAAGUUAUGGAUUAAACAUGACGAAAUUCUUGUAACUGGAUGGUACUGCACAUGCAAAAAUGGCAGCCGAGUGGUUGGAAUGUGUGCACAUAUAACAAGUGUUCUGUGGUAUUUGUCAUACCAGCGACAUGAGGCGGGGCCGCUCAAAGUUAUUCCAAACUGGGCGGAUUCAAUUGAGGAUGCAGCUAGAGAUCCAGUGAUAGACGAGUCCGACAGUGAUGAUCCGGAAGAAUGAUUGAUUGGUCGAUGCACACUAGGUCCUGGUCGUGUACGUUUUGUUGCUA